GGAGAAGGCAUUGAGCAGUCGGCCCUGCCAUGCACAUGCGCUGGCACAUCCUCGGAGCGGUCAUCGUUGGCGCCAUGGCCUGCGGCGACAACUCGCCGCCCAACCGCCUCGACACAUGCGCCACGUACGCGACGCGGUGCCCACGGGACGACACGUACGAGCUGGCUAUGCACAAUGGCUGCCCGCGCUGCUUUCAUCGCAUAACGUGCAAGGUCCACGCCGAGCUUGACGAGCAGGCGCUUACGCUCAGCAGCAAAGCGCCCGUCUUGAAGGCCGCGUUUGGUAAUGUCGUGCGCGAAGACGCGGUGCUCGUUGCGCACAAGGGCAUGCUCGCGGCCAUUGCCGCCAUUUGCGCCCUCGUCGGCGUUCUGAUUGCUGCUGCGAUGCGCAAGCGACGACAAGCGCCCACGAGCUACUACUCGCGCAUUCGCAAUCCACUCAUGGAGGACGCCGACGAGAACGAUGACUUGAACCCGUUCUGCCAAAAGCUGCCUCUCGACGACGCAUCCCUGGUGCGCCAGAGUCCUCGCGCGCAAGGCGUUUUGGCCAAGAUACUCCAGCUAAAAUAGUUGUAGCAUGCUGUAAACACACUUUACGAUGCUGGGCAGUCAAGCCAAUGUCUCAUGG